GUAACAAGAGCCACCAAGAGAUGGCAGCAGCAGGUGGCAACAGAUGGCAGCAGUGUUGGUGGUGUCAGAAACAAACAAUGUGACAGUGUUAUAAGAGAGAGAGGUGAAAGGCACCAAGAUGAGCCUAAUAAUGGACAACAGACUCGACACUCUAGAUACUCAAGCUGAAGUUAAGAAACUCCAACAGCUGGUUAAACAGCUGGAACUACAGAAUGAAGAGUUGAGAUGUGAGAGGCAGCAGUUGAUGAAGGAAGGUGGGUCGUCCGUGGGGCCCAAGAACCAGAGCUCACCUCCAGCCACGCCUAAAAUAUUACACCGGGAUGGUAGUCUAGACGCUAUGGAUACUAUAGGCCUAGAUGAGGCUAGCCUAUCUGAUGAUGAGACUUGGUUGUUCGACUCGCCCAAAGCGAAGCCUCAUAAUUCGGAAUGGUUACGGAAAGAUUUAGACGAUCCAGCAUUAUUACACUCCAGGAAAUCUUUAAUUAACAAGUUAGAUCAAAUUGCAAUGUCUCCACAUCAUUCUCCCCGUCAUUCCUUCAGCCCCUGCUCAUCAUCUGGCAUCCUAUCUCCCGAGUCUCCACCAUCUUCCAGAGGUGACAUAGACACCAGAACUUUUGUGAGACCCAAGAAGAAAAGGUCUCAGUUUGGUGAGGCCGUAAAUGACGAAAACCGCAACUCUUUACUGAGGAGAGAUGGGAGUUCUCGAGAGUACCUGGCACGGUCGAGUGGAUCCCUGGGGUCGGAGGAGGAUGACCGCCUUAGUUCAGCUUCUGAAGGGAGCUUUUCCUAUCACUUAGCAGAUGUAGCAGAUGUCAAUGCUCUGGCUCGACUCCAAGAGGAAAGUUUAAAGCUUCCUGACCCAAGAAGAAGCUCAAGAUUACCAGGUAUACGCACAGGGCCUACAGGCAUACCGUAUUCUUCUACCGGCUCUGGAGGGUCUGCGACCAGUUCUCAGGAGGACCUCAUUACUGUACCCCAUCCUGUUGCCAGCCCACGUCGCUCUGCUCGAGGUCUCCAGCCUCCCACCAACUACUCUUCACAUACAACGCCGUCACGGGAGGGCUCAGACCUCUCCACACCACCAGAUAGUCCUUAUAAUUCACAGCACAACCUUGAAGUUUGUAAUGGUAGGAGUGGGUUGCGUCAGCCAAGUGGGAUGCACCGAGGCUUAGGCGGCAGUGAUCCCCGGUUACUGGAGCACAUCACGCCUAACAGUAGUCGGGGCACAUCUCCAGCACGUUCUCACAACUCUCCCACGGCAUCUCAGACGGAUAUUCGUCAAGGACCCAGAACAUCUAGGCUCCAGGCUCCCCAGAUGCGAAGUCGGUUAAGUGCGCCUUCACCAGUUCGUAUAUCUAUGGGAGGUGCUUCUGGGUUACCACAACCAACAGAAAUACCAAGAGUUAAAGGUACAGGUAUCCCACGGCCAGGCUCGCGUCUCCAGCCUCCUAAAACAAGAUCAGGCAUAGUUCAGCCUAGGUUCCAAGCCCAGGCACAGGAUGACUGGAGGGAUGGAUGCUUCUGAAACAACGCAGACAGUAGCUGAAGCUCCCAGAUUAUGUGAUUUGUCUCGGGGACCCUCGGGAUCGGCUACUGGACUCAAACACGCUGUCAUCGUUAUUUUAUUAAAUGCUAAGAUCUUGACCUAAGGAAAAUUUAUGUAUACAUGGUGAUAUUUAGUCAGGUAUACGAGGUACAUGCGAUGCAAAUAUUAAAUCUAGCAAAUACGUCAGUAUUCAUAUACUAAUUUUAAUUCUGUGAGAAUUCCGUCAUUUCCAGAUGGAGGUUAAUUGCCCUCUGGUUUAUGAAAUUACAAUUACAAUAUUUUGUUGAUUUGGUGCUGUGGUUAAAAGCUGGAUAUUGGUGCAUAGGUCGCAUGUGUAAGUACUUUUACCUGUAAUGCUCUCGAUUGUAGAUACAUAGUACUUUAUCAUGACCAUGAUAACAGAUUUAGUGAAAUCUCUAUUCCAUAAGUGGUAUUGCAAUAUUUGUAUAAUUGUGAGAGAUGCUAUGAGAAAACCUUAUAAAUUCUUCCUAGUAGCCAGAGCCUUAGAUGAUAUUUCCUGAUAAGUAGAAUACAUAUGUAACAGGUAUCUUUAUUCAAAAACAUUUGCCCUAUACACUUGGCUUAUUCAGUCAAGUACAGAGGAGACAACAGAAGCACCAGAGAUACAAUGUAAUCAGUCCAUCACACUUGAAGACAGUUUUGAGGUGGUCAGUCCCUCAGCUGAGGGACUGUCUUCAAGGAUGUUGGACUGAUGACAUCGUCUUCACAACUCUUCUGCUGCCUCCUCUGUACUCAACUGAAGAAGCUUAUUGUGUAAGCAGAAUGUUUCAGAAUAAAGAUACCUAACUGUUGCAUGUGUGUCAUAUCAACUUGUUGGUAUUGCAUACCAUUAUCAUAUUCACAUGGUAUUUCCUACUGAUGACAGACCAGUGCUCAUGAAAUCCCAAGGGAGUAGAAAUUAGGCCGCAAUGUGGCAACAUUGUGAUACCCCAGUGGUCUUUGACCACACAUUCCAAUUCUUUCUGGCCCUUGGGCUGGGCCCCUUUAGCUGCUGACAAUAGUGAGGCCUUCCUUCACCUGCAUUGUACUGUCUAAUAGUCCUUGUUAGAUGACAGGCUUGGUGCGAACAUUCAUUUUAUUAUGUGUCUGAUUACACAGGUGUAGGGGCUUUUAACAAUUUCUUAUUAAGCUUUGAGCAAUAAGUAUUUCUAAUCUGAUAUGUUUUGGAGAGUAAAAGUGUAUGAAAAAACUUCUGAAAAUUGCAAAUUAUGUAAGGAAAAUCAAAUUCCCUUACAACUGCCAGCCAAUUCUGAAACAACACUUGGGUAGCAGUUAAAGCCACUGAACCAGUUAUAUCAUCACUAAACUCAUAUGACCAGUAAGCUUCAGUGCAACUAAGUAACCAUUAAUAGUACCUGCUGAUUUCUACCAAACAACUAAUAACCUUUUAGUGAGAGUCAGGAACUCACAUGAAUUAGGUGUGAGCUUUGGAGAUGUCGUAAGCUGUGGUUUAGCUUGCUCUCCUACCUUAAUAACUUAGCAGUCAAAAGAUUAUUGGCAAACUGUUGAACUACGACCAAGUGUUGGGUCAUUGUUUGGAACGUGUCGGCAGAACGAGGGCUACCAUUGCAACACCGAGUGUGUGACCGAAGUGAACAUUAUUUUGUGGAGAGCCUUUGUUUGCUAAAAUCUUUAUUGUUCUUAUUAUUAUAUUUUUUUAACACACUGGUCAUCUCCCACUGAGGUAACAUCAUUAUUAUUAGGUAAUCAUGAUUCUCAGGUUUUCAGAAAUUUUUAAUUGUAGGUUUUAAGGGACGAUCAUUUGAGUAUCGCUGAUAUUGGUACUUGUUAUUAAAUAUUGACCCGGGUGUUACAUCAUCCAUAUGCAAGACAACGUAGCUGAUACUACUGUUACGAUGUUAGGGGUGACAUUUCAUGAGACUAUGGCACAAGUAAUCGUGUAAAUCUUGCUGAUUUUUUUUUUUUUUAACUAUGAUGCUCUUAUGUUUGUGACAGAAAAGAGAUUUUACAAAAUAAUUCCCCAGUGUCAAACCUCUCCCCACUGGAGAAAGGAUUUGAAUUGAGUUUGUUUGAAACACACCAUGAAUCUUGCCUUUUAAACAGUGUAUUCAGCAUAAAUGGACUUGGUAUUGCUCCUCUUGUUGAUACGUAUUACAUUAAGCUUCUUAAUAUAAUUAGAUGAUAAAGGUCAACUGCAGGAAUUAGAAAUUUAAUAAUUCGUCCUUAUUCCCUCCUCAAACAAAAGUGAUUAUUCUUUAUUUUGAAGGGCUCUACUUUUUUUGUUUUCUGUACGUUAUUUGCCUCUUGAAAAUGCCGUUCUUGACGGCCACUACCACUUGGCAGUUCAUUAAAUAUUUCACUUCAGUUGCUGAUGAUAGAGGCAUUAUUUUGUUACUGCUUUCAGCAUUACUUCUUUUCCUGUGCUUCGUCACUCUACUGACAGCAGUCCUCUUUGUCGGUGUAUUUUCCUGGGUGCUGGGGGCGGAAGCUCUGCGCUCUGUUUUCCGUUCUGAUUGCCACUUUCCAUCCUUGUGCAGGUUAGUCCAAGUAGAAUCUGCUCCAUACAGUAUGGUGCCUUCAUUCUCGAUGUAGUAUGUCCUGAUCUUUCGUUCUUCAUUGGUGUGUUUACCUGCUGUGUGAAGAUUCACUCUUAUUUUUGCCUUCGUUUUUAUCCACUUCCAGUUUUUUCAAGUACUGUAUGAUAAUAGUGAAAGCUGAAGGGAAAACGUUUGUUAAAAAAACAACAACUUUCAAUAUAGUUAACAAAUUUUGAAUCAUUUAACAUUUGGUGUCUUAAAAAUGAAUAAUAACUAAUUUGGGUUGUAACAUUAUACAAAACAGUGUUUUUAGUUAGUUUCGAAGUCAUAUUAAUGGCAUAUUAUAUUCACAGAGAAUACUUGUAUUUUAUCUCAUAUUUUAAGAGUAGUAAGAUAUUUUAAAACAUUAAUGUAAAGAUUUACCUCCCAUAAACUCUGUAUCCAAUGUGUGAAUGUUUAGCGUAGUCUUUAACAAGAUGCCUUAAAUUCACUUUGAGCUCCAUUUAUGGUGAUGUAUGCAUCAUGUAUAGACAUUUUUAUAAGGCUGACAAUGAUUAGUAAAAAAAAAAAAUGUAUGCCAAUUACAAUAGGUACUAGAGUAGCUGUAUCUUGAUAAUAUAUGAACUUAAUGCAUUCCUCUUUUUGCGGUUGUGUGUCACUGGAGACUGUGGUGCAGCGUAUCAAUUUUCCAUACAGGGAGCAUUUCUGAGAAGUGGACUGCAGUCCCAUGAGUGAGCCUUUAGUGAAUGGUGGAUUGUCUGGGGAAUUGAGCUACAAAUGCUAGGAUAGGGAGGUCCGUAUUUUCCGGCACAUGUGGCAUGCCUUUUUUACCUCAAAAGUCUUGGAAAAUCAACCUGCGCCUUACGUGCUCAAGGUAGUCUUCAUGUUAUGCUUUAGCAUAAAGUAAAAGGGUAGUUAACCCUUGUAUAUGAUACUUAUUUACCAUCAUGAUACUUCUGUCGUGCGCCUUACGUGCCAUAAAAUACAGUAAUUUAACAUAAGGAUGGAAGAAAAAUGAAACAAUGGAUUCAGUUCAGAUUCAAGAACCUGAGCGAAUAUGGCUUUGAUAAUGGUCUCAGACUGUGGUGUAAAAAGACAUGUAAAAAAGCACUAGGACAUACUCUAAUUUAUUAGAAAAUGUUGUAGUCCUAGGACUUUAGUUACUUCCAAAGUGAUCAAAAUCCCAGGACUGAAAUGUUUUCUUAUCAACAUGUCAUAGUGUUGCGCACUUUUUUAAAUCAUUUCUCUUGGCUACCAUAGUUUAUACAGUCCAGGACAGAUCGAAACAUCAUCUUCAGUUGCCCCUCGACACCAUGUGUUAGUGAAAUGCAAAGGCUAGAGUACUUUAAGUCCUCUAUUUACAAACACAUUGAGAAUCUAAUGUAUUGUGUAUAAUAUCAUUGUUAUACACCAUACAGAAGGUCCCCAGCAUGUUCUUAAGUUGAAAACUUCCUGUAUUAUGAAUAUUAUAUGUAAUACGGAAGAUUUUCAGUGUUUGAAAGGGUCGCCAUCUGGAGAAGACCCGGGCCGUAAGCACCGGCAAAUCAUUAAUGAAUGAAUGAAGUGUGCAGACAUGCAUAAGGUUAGCAUGCCUAGCAGAUUGCAUAAGAACCACUUGCUAGAUGGUGGGAAUAUCUUAUUAGUCUUAGACAUCUCCUUUAUGAAAUAUUUUAUGUACUUAGCGGUGUUAUCGCCUAGAAAAAGAAGUCAUUAUAUCACUCUUGAUAUCAGUACCAUGUUUGCCUAAUUGAAGUCGAGGGUUGAUAUAUUGGAGCUAGCAUUAGCUAGCCUACUGAUGUGUUAGUCGUGGUGGGAGGGAAGAGAAAUUGGGAUAGAUAUGUUGCAUAUUAUUAUAAUAUAACAUUGCCUGGUAGUAAUUAAUCCUGGACCAUGGUCCCACUUGCUUUACUGUUAACUUGUAAUACACUUACGGAUGUAAUAUUCUAUUUUCAAUAUUCUACUUUGAGUGAACGCUAAAAACUAAAGAUUAAUACUCAAUCACAAUCAAAAAUGAGAAGCAUCAUAUGGAGGUACAGUCUAUCAUGAAUUAAAGUGGGGAAGGAGUCACUGGAAUUUUGUCAAGCAACUUGUUUAUGUGAUGUGACUAGGAUAUCUUAUAUGCUGAUGAAAUUAGAUUAUCUGUUGUUGUAAUCCAGUUGCUUCUUUCGGCUUUCUGCUUUACUGUUUGUGAUUAUGCUUACGUUUUGUCUUGUCUGUGCUGUGUGUCUCCGGAUCCUGUUCCUUCUCCUACCUGCUCCGUUUUUUUCUUAAUCUUAACCCUCCUCUUAUUGCUCGUCCUCUUUCUCAUUCUUUCUUUUCAUCUUUAUUUCUUAAUCAUUCAGUAUUUCUUUCCACAUAAUUGCUACUCAUGAAAUCAUAACACGUUUGCAAACAGUUCACAGAAUGGGCGGGGUUUGAAGCCAUUGUGAGUGAGUCAGUCCUAAAACUCUCAUGUCAGUGGUUAGCACACUGGCCUGUGAAUGUAAAGAUUCACUUGCCAUGGGUUCAAGCCCCACCCGUUCUAUACUUAAUACACUGUCUGUACAGAGUUGGAUAGCUUUCCAUCAUUCACAAGGGCAGCCCCUAAGUUAUGCAGAGCAUUUCAGGCAGACUUGAAUGUAACUUACUUCCAGAAGGAUUAUAGUAUUUU